AUGAUGGUUAAUCCAAUAAACAGUUCGUAUCAUCAAUCUUCUUCAUCUUCUAAGCUUGAUGAAAUCAUGUCAAGAUAUAGACCCAUUGCUCCAAAACCCAUACUAGAUCAAACAGAUGCGACUACUACUGCUGCUGCAAACGCAUCAAGAAGCUUACAAAUCAGUAAUAAGAGAGUGAGAAAGAGAGGUAGAUAUGGGCUCUCAUCUUCAGCUGCAAGAAAAAGAACAAAAACUACUACACCAACUCAGCUCCAUGGACCUUCCACCACCACCACCAGUUCUUCUUAUGGUAUGGGUUUCAACACACGCCUUCUCUUCUCACCACCACCUCAUGAAGCCGCCCCUCUUCAAAUAGAAAAACAACCCAUAUUGAUGAGUUUGGUUAGAUUUCCUCUUCUCUCAUUUUCUACUUCUUCCAUUGCUCCUCAUCCUCAUGAUGGAAUGAGUAAGAUGAAUGGAUUCACAAACUCUACAAUCACAACCAUUGAAAUCCCAAAGGAAAUGGAUCUCUUGAAGACUCUGCAUGCAGGACAGGUUUCACCGGGCCACAGUAUUAAUAUUAAUUCGGGCUGCGGGUCUGGUAAUCUUAUAGCUCCUCAGCCCGUUAGACCAGUGGGGUCAAGUAUUAGUGUUGGAUGCAUCAGUGAAGACCCAAAUUCUAGUUCCACUGCAUGUGUCAAAAAACAGCAGCCUGAAGAAGUUGAAGCUGAAGUCGAAUCUGAUACUCUACCGGUUGUUGUUUCGGAUUCAAAAAAUAAAGUUCGGCUAGCAAAUUCCGCAUUCAAAGAAAUGGUAGGACAACCAGAAUGUGCUUGGCUUGUUUCAAUGGGGGCAAAUAGUGAAAAAUUGACAAGUAAAGGUAAAAGAAUAAGUGGAGAAGUCAUGUUGGAUUUGUCGAAUUCUCAGGUACCGGUUUCGUCAAAUGGGUUUUCUUGUAAUGUUAAGGUUGAAUGGGGUAGAAAUGGAGAGAAGAGUUGUGUUUGUGCUCCUUGUAAUGUUAUGAAAUUGUCUUGUGAGUCUAAAGAUUAUCUCUUCACUUGGAGAAUUCAUACCACUGACAAUCGUGAAGAAUCAUCCAAGUCCCAGCCUUAA